CAGUCUGUUUCUGUUUGUGCUUACAGGAGUUAUUAAAAAUGCAGAAGCAUAAGGGGGCAGGGCAGCAGGUGGUGGCGGUGACGCAGGGUGCGCAAGCUGCCGUGGCCCAGCAGCCCAGCCAGGUGCAGCCCGCUCAGGCUGGCCAAGCCAGUCCUCAGCUAGCUACCGUGACUGCAGCCAGACCCGGAGCCGUUCUCCCUGCAAACGCACUGCAAGUGACCAGACUGACUCGAGUCCCUCAGGGGCAGAUUCAGGCCCAGGUAGGACAGACGGCUCAGGUGGCCCUCACCAAGCCUCCGGUGGUGUCUGUGCCAGCGGUAGUCUCUGCAGUGACGACCAUGUCAGGACUAAGUGUGGCUAUUAACCAAUCACAGAAAACUGGGGCCCCAGUGCUGACGACCACCUUCCCCCAGAUGCAAGUCCAGCAGCUGAUUCCGAUGAAGAAACAGCAGCAUCCAGCAGCCAUUCAGGCUGCAGCUCAGCAGAAAGCAGGGCAGCCUCAGCAAGGACAGGCCGCUGUUCAGCAGAAGAUCGGUACCCAGCAGGUAACGAUGCAGGCGGCCCAGUCGGCGCAGCAGCAACAGAAGGUGACCUACGCAACAACGCAGCAACUCCAGCCUGGAAUCAAAACCCAGUUCUUCACUACUACAUCCAUCGCCCAGACCCAAAAACCAGCUGGAGCCCAACAAAUCCAGGUGGCUAAGCUCCCACAGAUAGUGCAGCAGCAACCGGCUGUGGCCAACAUUCAGCAGAUUGUGUCGUCUCCCCAGCAGGGUCAGCCUCAGACGGUGACUCUGGCCCAGGCUGCUACGUCGACGUCCGGUCAAGUUCAGAUGAUUCCCACGGGGACGCCCACAGUUCAGGUGGUUCAGCAGAAGAUCAUCCCACAGCAGGUGGUGACGCCCGCCACGCAGAUCCAGCCGCAGAAUCCGCACAGCCCCGCCCAUCCGCCCGCUGCCCCCUCUGCCGCAGAGUCCCCCGGACAGCUGCCCGGUCAGGCCCAGCAGCCCACCAAGAAUCAGGCUCGCCAAGGGGGCGUGAGGGCCAAAACGCCCGCCAAGCCCAGUGGGGGGAGCAGCUAGGCAUGCCGUGUAAUGAAACCACUUCUCAAAGUGUUUUUGUUUGUUUUUUCUUUGUUUUU